UUGUACAAAAGCUAUAAAUCAUAAAUGAACACAACUGUUCACUUCGACCGUUUUAUUGUUUUACUUACAAGUUCUUCUGCUUUAUGACAUCAUAUUUGCCAGUAGUAAACUCAAAACAAGUAAAGCUUAACGGUUGUAAUCUCAAAUUCUAUCACUAUAGUUCUUAUUGUCCUAUAUACCCACAUUCUAUUAGUUAAUAAUUAGAAACUCAAAGUUCCAGAUCAAUUGAUGUUGAAAUAUAUGCCUAGAUGAUAUCGAAUUCAUAAUUUCCUAAACUAUGUCAAUAUUGUAUUAUUGAAUUUCAUGAAUAGGAUUAAGAUGAAAACAAUCGAUUCAUAAAGUUUUCUUUGAGGCUCAGCAGCGGUAACACUAUUGCCAUCUGUCCGUUUUAAAAUACUUUUGCCGAAUGUUUCUGCGCUCGUAAAUAUGAUGUCGUGCAUUCACAUCGUUUACGUGUUUGAUUGAAAAUAGAUGUUGUGAAAAUUGUCACAUUUAAAAUAAAGAGAUGUCUGUAAAACAAAAUGUUUUUAAAUUGACCCUGAGAAGCAAUGUGAAGUGGAUUAAUAUUUAUAAAAAUAAUAUGUAACAUUUUAAGGAGGUUUAGAAGUGCAAAUGCAAUUUUGUGUUUAUUAAAGUAAAAAACGCAAUUGCUACGAAUGAACCUCAAAACAAAUGAAAAUAUUCAAUAGAAAAUAUCUUGAACAAACUAAAUAUCUGAUAGCUAAAUAAUUGUAGUAUUGUGGUAAAAAGAAAAACGUUAAUAAACAACGUACUUUGUACUGUGUUAAUAACAGAGUCCACAUAAAACUAAAUUUCAGUUUUGGUGGAAAUUGGAAAAAAAAACACGCCCACUAUCGAAAACAUUUGAGGUGUAUGCGAAAGAAAAAGAUGUCUGGUCAACGUGUCAAUUUAAAUGCUGCCGAAAAGGAUGUGGAGAAGUUUAUAAAAUUUUUAGCGCUGAAGUCUACUCAAGUUGUAGUGCAGUCGCGCUUAGGUGAGAAGAUACAGACGCCUUGCAAUCCUUUGGCUACUGGUAGUGAUUGGUUUAACAUAGUUAUUCAAGACCAUCCUGAUAUAUAUGCCGAGACAAAGCGUGCAUUAUCGUUGGAACCCGGCCAAAGUAUAUUAAAGCGAUUGCCUUUGUGUGUAGAAAUUUCGUUGCGCACGGUAGAGGGAGAUCAAAUGGUAUUAGAAGUAUGGUCAUUGGACAUUCAAUUACCUGGAUGUCACAAAAAUUGUAAAGAUGACAUAUGUGAAGUUCUCAUAAAAAACGUUGAAAACGUAAAAGGCGUUGUUGUGAAUGGUACAGGUGCACCUAUGUCAGAACAGCAGACAUUAAAAGCGGCACAUGCCAUUUAUAAUCGUAUGGGUAUUCUACUAAAGUCACUAAUCUCUUUGACACGAGCCACCCCUGGUUAUAAAUUGUCACGGCGCCAAUGCCCAGAAGCAUAUGGAAUUUACUAUCGUAUUUACGUGGAUCGGCCACAGUUGCAUACUUUGGGUGAGGGCCAUAAAAAUGUUAAAAUCGGCCAACUAAAUACUAUAGUUGGUAUGUUAAGUAUGUCCGUUUCUUAUCGAACAAAAAUGACUAUUACCCCUACCACCUCAGAGGCGCACAAUGGAGAAUCUAAUCAAAUUAUGCUAAAAUCUGACCAUUUCCGACGUGGCGAUUCUUCUCCCACUCAAAAUUUGUCUAUUACAGGACUGAAAAGGGGCAUAGGUGUUAAUGGCGAAAAGAAAAUAAUUGAUAUUGAGAAGCCUCUGCGACCAGGAGCUUUUACCGAUAUAUGUAAAUUGCGACAGUGGACUGAGAAAGACUAUAUUUUGCCAGAAACUCCUCCUUUCGAAUGGUUAUUGCGUCGCCAACGACAGGAAAGCGGAGGUUCUGUUGGUUCGGUAGAGUCCUUAAAUAAAAGAAGCGAUGGUAGCAAUUCUGCACCUAUUUCUUGUAAUGGACAAGAACAGACUGUUCAAAAUAACAACGGUGGGAUUGAAAAUAAAACUAACAAUAGCACACAAGCAAAUAAUAACAACAACGUUAUUGCAUUUAAGAGUUUAGAGAAUGAGCAAAGUGGCACACAAGCGAAGUCGUCUGCCGAUAAUUCAACACUCUCGCAGUCAUCUAUGAAAAGUCUGCUCAUUCCCGCCCCUACCUCUUCCCGCAAUAACACAAUGCGAAAUCGGCCCGAAGAUGAUAACCUUCUUAAAGAAUUAAAUUUUCCUUUUGCGUUGCCAAAUUCACAUGUCAAUGAUUUGGCGAAGUUUUACCGUGAUUGUUAUCACGCACCACCACUUCUUGGACUGAACGAAACUCAAACGGAUGUAGCGGUAGAACAAUUAGAGGAAUUUGAAACAUCCUUAGAAGACUACGAUGAAUUAGUUUUACAACUUGGAUUAAGUACAUCAACAUCUACGGGUAGCCGGAGUAGCGGAGGAUUGCAAAUGAGUAACUAAUAUUUACGAAUUGUAAUGAUUAAUCCAUGGAUACUAUUAUAAGCGUAUAAGUAGCUAGAUAGGUAAAGUUUACAGUCAAAGAACUAACUAUUCAAUAACAUUAUGAUCAAAUGUCUAGGCUUGAAUUUCUUUCAUUUGCUUAAUUUGUUUUUAUUUUAUUCAACAUAGAGUUUACACUUAUAUAACGAAUGUAAAUAUAUAAUAAUAUUUAUUAAGCGUGAUAAUUAGGUAACUGUAAAAAUCUACAAGUUUGGAAAUAAUCAUGGUAUGCAUAAUGCAUUAUUAGGAUAUUUUUAAUAUUAGAAUUUUGAUAGUUUUGAUAGUUUAAUAAUUAAAUAAAUAUUAAGUUCCAUAAUAAGAAUGUCGCAUUAAAUAAUGUAUUUAGAAGUAAGAAAUGUUAUUAACAAUUCGCGAACAAGUAAUAUUUAUGCUAUUAUUAGUGAAGAAACUUUAAUUUGAAUCAAAAUUUGUAAUCUAUGCAGUAAAAUAAUCUGUAGUAUUGUUUAGUGCUUUUCUCACUAGUAUUGGUCUUACGAAUAUUCCAUUGUUUUGAAAUUGGAUGCAAAAUGUAUUCUUUUUAUAUGUACAUUUAAUAUGUGACCGUUGACAGUUUUAAAAUUUCUUUUUAAUCGAAAGUGUCGGAGUGCAUCCAAUCGAUUGGUGUCUGCAUAAUUAUUGGGAGUUUCUUUUAAGUAAUGACAGUGCAAAGUUCUUUAGGCAAGCAUACAUAUGUACAUACGCCCAUCUAUGCAUAUACAUAUAUACACAUAAAAAUAUAAAUAGAAAAAAUGCAUUUAACUGCAGAUUGGUUUUUUUCUUUGUAUUGUAAGCGCUUCAAUGGGCCUCCAUCUAAGGCAACUACCAUAAACUAAUAUGAAAUACAGCGAAGAUUAAGAUACUUGGAUAUCAUUCAAAUCAUUUUACGAUUUCAUAUUUGUAUACCAUAUAAUAAUGAUUGAAUGCAACUUCCUUAAUUCCAUCAAUAACAGAAAUGUUAUUAUUAUUUUUAAUGUUUUCAAAAUGGUGUAAUAUGUGGUUUUAAGAUUCUUCAUAAAUCUGGAGUGCCUCAUUUAGAAAUAAAAGGUAUAGUAAAAAA